AACGGGCGGAGUCUAAGUUAUUUAAAACAAAAAAACUGAAUCAGAAGUUGAAACUAUACUUUAAGUUAGCCCGAAGUUUUUGAGUCGUUCCAAAAGUUUGUUAUUUUUUACUUCCAGAAAAAAAGAAAAGCGAGACACGCAGGAACUUCAGUGCAUAAAUUGCUGCUAGUAAUUUAAGAAAAGAUGUGUCCUACCGGUGUCUCAGAGAUGAACGGCACACAGGUGGGAGACACUGACGCGAGCGGCAUGGAGUACCGGAUCUUGAUGGCCUAUGCACAGCGCAGGAAGCCUAAGCUAAUUGCACAGCAGAGCCCCGAGGAGGAGAGACCCAGCCCUCCAGCUCCAGAACACAAGAAGAGGCGGCCCAUCUGGAAGAAGCUGAUUCCGAAGUGCGUGCGCCCACAGGAGGAAAAACCCUCGGAGCAGCUAGCACCUGCAAGGGCCCAAAGUAACGAACCCAACGUGGGCUUUGGAGCCUCCCACUGUGAUCCCGCUGAAGAAAAGGAUACCUCUGAUAAAAUAGCAGAUCAACUCCACAAGAUCGUGGAUUCAAGGCAGACCCUGCAAGGGGUGUUACUACUGUCAGACAGCAUUGAAUCUGAUGGCAUUGAAGAUGAAGAGCAGUACGCUAUUCAGAGGCUGGUGGAGCUCUUAAAAGAAUCUGGAGACAAGCUGAACCAGGAGAUUAAGACAGACAAGUACCUUUCCAAAUGCUUCAAAGAGGCGUUCAGUUACUCGCUCUUCAAGAAGGUGACGGACAUGUUUCUGGAGAGAGUCUGCUCCUCUGCAGCGCAGGAACCGGCCAGGAUCGCUUUCACUGCCGACAUCACCGCCAAGCUCACCGCCGUCGACAACCACCCCAUGAACCAGAGCAUGGGCUUCGGAGCCAAGUACCUGAGAGAGCACUUCAGCACCUGGGCUCAGAGUCACGGGGGCUGGGAAAAGGCACUGAACAGCACUGAAGAGGAGGAAGUAGAAUAGUGGCUGGUGGAACUAAAUGAUGCCAAAGUCUGUCUGGAUUUUACACGUGUCCAAUUCCUUUGAGGCGAUUCUUUAGAAGAGACGUUUUAAAAUGCAAAAAUGAGCCACUUUAAACCUUUGAAAUUUCAACUUGCAUCGCUGUCUCUAACUGGAGGGCCAAUGUAUAAAAUGUAAUUGAGACACAGGGGAGGGACAGCUAGUAAGAGUACCUGCCAGUUGUAGAACACACUUUGGUGUUAAGGGUCUCUCUCUCGCAGCCUCAUUCUUUUGUGACGGAAGAGGGACGCCCCUGUUGCAAGCCCGUUUACGUUCCGGUGGACAAGACAGCCAAUGCAACAGAUUUUGAUGAAGGGUUUAUGCCCGGUGCUCUGUUGGCAGGUGCUUCCAUGUCCUAGAGGAACAGUCUCGACCAGUCACGCUGAAGGACAGAUUGCCCCAAACACAGCUUCCCAGAAGGAAUUCAAGGGUGUUAACAAUGAAUGAUCUUGCACCUUUCCAGAACAAUUUAAACACCUUGCAGACAGGAAGCCUGGGGGUCCCGCACACCCAGUGCACCUCUUCUGAUUCUGCUGUUGUCGCUGUAGCUUCACAGUUAUUGCAUUGAAUCAGUUGCCUGUCAAUCAAUCACAGUUACAGAUUGCAUCCAGCACAUAGAACACGACAGCACAAAUACAUUUGUUUAAUAGCAAAUCCUUUUUCUUGUGAUUUUACAAUAAGUUAAUAUGUUUUGUGUCAGGGUGUUCUCUUGCUGAAACUGUACUCUUGGGGGAAUAUAGACCUAAAUAUUGAUGUUUGUAUCAGAUGGAAAUGACAUCAUGGGUCAAUUGCAAUGAACUAAAAGGAGCGCACUAACUGGGGAUGAUCCCGUGGUUAGUUUUACGCGAAUGGAGCUAUACCAUAGCCCUUAACAGCGCCUCCUCUCCCUGCCCACCACACACUGCAAGCAGUUUAAGUGAUGAGUUUCGAAACUAAUGUGUUUAGUGGGAAGGUGAGUGGAAGCGAACCGUCUGUAUAAAAAUCAGAUUUGUUAUAAACGUAAUUUGUUUACUACAAACCCUGUCAGGAACUUAAUGAUUGUUUAAAUCACAAAUACCUUAUACUAUUUAAACAAAACAAGCUUUAAAAAUAAUAAUGAUAAAUAGAAGACGUAUCUCGGUCUGUAGGUUUUUUUUUUUUGUGCAAAUUUCCUUACUAAACUGUGCGCACUGUGACGCAGACUAUAUACAAAUACAAUGUAGAACAAGUUUGGCAGUAGCAGUCUAUUAAUGCCUGUUUUUGGCUCGGUGGAUUAAAUGAUUUACUCGGUUUGUCAUGUAAAAGUGUGGCUGUUUUGCUUAAUAUCCUCUUUUUUUGAUCCACUGGGCUGGCAGAUUAUUUGCAUUUGUUUUUCGUUGAGUGAACGGGUCCGAGAUGAGUCCUUAACUCAAAACACCGUCUUCUGAAAUUUAAUGUUCAUAAGGGACUGGGAGUCUGGAAUUGUCUGCAAAAAUAAUAAAAAAUAAAAAUACAACAACAAAAAAAUAUUUAUUUUUUCUAGUUAGAUUAUUCUUCUUUUCUUUUGGAAGUGGAAAACUGUUUGAAUGUACCUGGAGUUUAUAGAGAAGCUUCAAGUUUGUGGACGUUGUUUUUAACUUGGAUAGAAACCGUGAUCUGGACUAUAGAGCCGGUGUAGUGUUAGAAAGUGGUACAUGGUCAGAAUGUGGUACACAUACCACUUGACCGUGUAAUGUCAGAAAGAGGUACACUGUCAGACUGCAAGUGGUACACUGUCAGAUUUUGGUAAAUGUGCAAUCAAUUGCGAUCUGAUGGGUGUUUUCCUAUUGUCAGAGGUACAUUUACCAUUAAUUAUACAUUAUUUUUUUUGCAAACUUGAACUGGAAACAGAAUUUCAAUUUCUCUAAAAAAAAAAAAAAAACUAAAAGAAAA